GGGACUGGCCAAGGGCACUGGGCAGCGCUGGGUGUCCAGCCGUCGGCGGGCGCUCUCUGCCGAGGCGAGUGGAGGUGCGCCGAGCCCAGGGGUGUCCAGCCCCCAGCCGAGCGCAAAACUCUGAAAAGUACAUCAAGUCUAAAGUGACCAAGGUCCCCUCCUGGUCGAACUGGAAUCAUGAGCAACAGUGGGAUGGGCCUCGCCACUGGUUUCAUCUCUUCUUCUGUAGCUGUCAUUUUGUUUGGUUCAAAUUUUGUACCACUAAAAAAAUAUGAUACUGGUGAUGGAAUGUUUCUCCAGUGGGUACUAUGUGCCGCCAUAUGGCUAGUUGCCUGUGUGGUCAAUCUGAUACUACGUUGUCCUAAGUUUUGGCCUUUUGCAAUGGUUGGGGGCUGUAUUUGGGCAACAGGAAACAUUGCUGUUGUCCCAAUCAUUAAAACCAUUGGUUUAGGCCUUGGAAUCUUAAUCUGGGGAUCAUUCAACACCUUAACUGGCUGGGCAAGUUCAAGGUUUGGCUGGUUUGGAAUGGAUGCAGAAGAAGUAGCAAACCCCGUGCUUAAUUACAUUGGAGCUGCACUAUCAGUCAUAAGUGCUUUUGUAUUUUUGUUCAUCAAAAGUGAAAUACCAGAUACCACAUCUUCCACAGAUACCACGCCAUUAAUAACAGAGCCUGCUAUUAAUACAAAUCCAGAUGCAUGUACAUUCCCUCCGUACUCCUGGGUGGAUAAACUUUCUCAGACACAACACCGCAUUGUGGGCUGCAGUCUUGCAGUAAUAUCUGGAAUUCUCUAUGGAUGUACGUUUGUGCCAGUCAUUUAUAUCAAGGAUCACAGCAAAAGAAACGAUAGUAUAUAUGCAGGGGCAAGCCAGAAUGAUGUAGAUUAUGUUUUUGCACACUUCAGUGGCAUCUUUCUUACAAGUACAGUCUACUUUCUGGUCUACUGUAUAGCCAUGAAAAAUCAGCCUAGACUAUAUCCUGAAGCAGUCUUGCCAGGAUUCCUCUCUGGGCUCCUUUGGGGGAUAGCAACCUGCUGUUGUUUCAUAGCCAACCACUCUCUCAGUGCUGUGGUCAGUUUUCCCAUCAUCACUGCUGGCCCAGGAUUUAUAGCUGCAUUGUGGGGUGUCUUCAUGUUCAAGGAAAUAAAGGGUCUUCAGAACUACCUAUUGAUGUCAUUUGCAUUUUGCAUCAUCUUGGCUGGAAUAUUGUGCACUUCUUUUUCUAAACUCUAACAAUCAUAACACCAGCAGAUGGCAGCAGUAGCUAAGAGAUUGCCUCUUCGGACGCCAGAGAGAAUGCUGAGAACAGUUCAUUUUCUCCCAGCAAACAGAUUUCAGCCUGCCAUAAUCUGGGCAAAUGACUUUCACCUGAAAGAUCUGGAAAUGAGCAAGAACUGGGUUUCAGUAUGGUAUGAAAAAUGAAAAAUUUUUCUAAUGAACUAUUCAUGAAGGUACAACUUCACUCGUGGACUAAAAUGCUUUUUAAUAUCAUUUGAUCUGAGGGUGCUCCUUUUACAACAAUAAGCGCUGAAAGCUGCAUGAUCAAGAACACAGUGUGGUGUUCAUAUAUAAAAAGUUUAUAGUUCAGGGGGCUGGAAUGAUAACACAGCAGGUAGGGCGUUUGCCUUGUACGCGGCCAACCCGAGUUCAAUUCCCAGCAUAUCCCAUAUGGUCCCCUGAGCCAGGAAUAAUUCCUGAGUAACACCUGAGCAUUGCCAGGUGUGACCCAAAAAGCCAGAAAAAAAAAAGGGUUUAUAGUCCAACUGGUACUCUUAUUAAACGAGGUGUAGAAAAAUAUGGGGAGAGGGGAAAGGAGAGAGAACAUUUACAUUAUAAUAAAAUUAUAUCUUAAAUAUGCUGGAUCCUUUGCUAGGGGGAAAAAACGCAAACAUCAGGUUUAGUAACUAAAAAACCAAUUGAUUAUUCUCUGCCCCAGUUUGUGUGUGUGUGUGUGUGUGUGUGUGUGUGUGUGUGUGUGUGUGUGUGUAGGACCACAUCCAUGGUGCUCAGGACUUCCUGGCUCUGUGCUUAGGAAUCCCUCCUAGUGAGGAUUUGACGACAAGUGAUGCCAGGGAUUGAACUUGGGUCUUCUAUUUGCGAAGCUAUCACCUUACCUGCUGUGCUCUCUCCAUCCCUAUGACAUGUGUCUGUAUUUCCAGGUAUUUCCCGGCCCUAGGUCAUCCUUCCUCAUUCAAAAUGCUUUUCAGGAGCCAGAGUGAUAGUACAGCAGGUAACGUGCUUGCCUUGCAUAUGGCCAACCCCGAGUUCUAUCCCCAGCAUCCCAUUUGGUCCCUGAGGUGUCAGGAGUGAUUCCUGAGUGCAGAGCCAGGAGUAACACCUGAGCACCACUGGGUGUGGCCCAAAAACAAAAUGAAAAAAUGCAUUUGAUUGGCUCUAGAUAAAAUUCAUCCUCAGAGAACAAAAUUUCCCAGAUUUAUUAUACAUACAUGCACAUUCACAUUUACAAACAUUGUUUUAAAUUGGGGGCUGGGGGAGGAUUUUCAGAGACUGAACUGAGGUUCUAGCUUAUUACAGUGAGAAUACAAACAACAACACUCCUUUGGGCAUAUAAUUUACUAUUAUGCUGUUCUAAAGUAAGAUGAGAGAUAUUUUUUUCUGUUUUAACUGGUACUUUCCACUGUCAUAAAAAAAAAUGACUUUCAGGGACCUGGAGCAAUAGCACAACGGGUAGGGCGUUUGCCUUGCAUGCAGCCGAACUAGGUUCGAUUCCCAGCAUCCCAUAUGGUCCCCCGAGCACCGCCAAGAGUAAUUCCUGAGUGCAUGAGCCAGGUGUAACUCCUGUGCAUCGCCAGGUGUGACCCAAAAAAGCAAAAAAAAAAAAAAAAUGACAUUCAACACUGGUUUUAUUUAAGAAAAAUGAAAUGAAAUGGAGCAUUUAGUACAAAGUUUAUUACAGUGAUUCCCCAAACUCUCAAAAUAAUAAAAUACCUAGUCAGCUGUAAAUUUCCUCUAUUCCUAACUGAGGGUAUAUCAGUUUGUUAUUCAGGAGAUACAAAAGAAUAGAAUUCUACUUAUGUUGUAUCCUCUGGAACUUAAUUAUGUAGCAGAUUUAAAUCUCACCUCUUUAUUGUGUAACUUUGAAUAAGUUCCUGAGCCCCAUAUAUCAGGCUUCUCACUUGAAAACUGGGUAUGAUGAUAUUGUUAAUCUAAUAUGUUUAUUGUGAAAUUCACAUGAGUUCAGAUUUGUCAAAUAUGUUCAUGAGUUUAGCACUUGGCGAGCAUUGUAUAAAUUUUAGCUAUUAUUAGAAGAUGUUUGAGAAAGAAAACAGGUUUCUGUUGAUUGCAUUAUACCUUGAAGCAACUACCUCCUUACCAGUAUAAUUAUUCCUCUAUAGGGCUGCAAUUUAAAAUUGGUACUGGAGUCCCUGUUAUUGUUGAAUUACAAUGUAAAUAAGUAUUUAAUUAUAAUAUCUUACAAAACUAACUUAAAUUCUAACCUGAAAUUGUAUUAAUUAUUCUGAUACACUUUGGCAUUAUUUAUGUAACAUCAUUUGAAUAAAUUUACAUGAUAUAAGUGGUUUUUUCA